UAAAAAAACUUCCCGUCGAGUUCGGUUGGCGUCACCAUAUAUAAAGAUCACCGGGAGUUCCCGAAAAAUCACAUUCAGUAUCCUAAGCCGAACAAUGGUUAACAUGAGCUAUCACCAAUCUCAACUAAAAUAUAUACACAGUCCGAAUCCACGACAGUCGAGAAAGCGAAAUAAUAAAAGAAAAAGGACUUGUUGGGACAAAUUAUCGCCAACGACCAAUUGCCAGACUUGAUCAUCAGAGACUUUCAGAAGUCCUGGUCCAGUGUGUUUCAGCGUGUGGAAGACUAUCGGUGUCGACUGAGUGACGGAGCAAAAGAUGACUGCCGAGUGGCUUCACCUGCCCCCUCCGUACCCCCCCGGUGUGGGACCGCUGUGUGGUGCAGAGUCGUACCCCCCCGGUGUGGGGCCGCUGUGUGGUGCAGAGUUGGAGGCGUGGUAUGAGGACCUGCAGGAUAUACUGGGAUCAGACGGGGGCGGGGCCAAACCGGCGCGUGCCCCUCCCUGCUCUGAGAAGGAGCCGGAGUUCCUAGAUGUUCUGGAGAACUGUUCCCUGACAUGGCUGACAGACGGGGUGGGAGUGGGUGUCGGGGGGGAGGCGUGGGGGGGAGGUGAGGGGGUCCAGAGGGUCACGGUCCCGGAGGAGCCUCCUACCCACCCGCCCCAACACACCUCCCGUCCGAGUCCAGCUGAGGAAAGAGCGGAGAGGCAGGGGGACAGAGAGGGAGGGAGGGAUGGAGAAAGAGGCUGCUCAGGAGGAGGGGACCUGUUACCCCCAGAGUUCUUUGAGUUGCUGAACGAGGGAGGGGUGGGCAUGACAGGAGGGGUGGGCAUGGUGGAGACAGGAGGGAUCAUGGUGAGCGGUAGCUACCACCAUCAUCAGCUUCAUCAUCACUCCGACAAUGUCCAACAACCUGAGUCUCCUUCCGCCAGCGAGGAGGAAAACACCUGCAUCCCCGACUCUCCCUCCUGCUCUUCCUCCGCCUCUCCGUCCACCUCUCUCAACUGCUCUCCUCCUUCCUCUCCUACUAGCACCUCGUUCUCCUCGUCUCGGCAGGACAAACGCAAGAGGGGCAACUCUCUGUCCUUCCCUUCCUCCGGCUCACACUCAUCCUCCACUUCUGCGAAGAAGAGCAGGAGAGAGAGGGAGCAGGAGAACGAGAGGAAGGUACAUGAGCUGACAGAUCAGAACGAGAGGUUGAAAGCAGAGAUAGACAGACUGGGAGAGGAGGUGCAGAGGACACGCCGAGCCCUGAUAGAGAGACUAGUUAACACCAGGAAGUGAGGGAGGAAGGAAGUAACAAGGCAGAAAAUGAACAUUUGGAAUAGCAGGUUGGCGGUGAAGGGUUUAAUGCGGUGGCGACUUUGAAAUGCAUUUUAAGAUAGCGUUAAGAGAGAAACCAAAAUAUAUAUAUGUUUUCUUAUAUACAUAUAUAUGUUUUAAGAAGAAAGUUAAAUUAUACAUUUUCUGAAAAACUGUAUGAUAAAGUCAGAAGGAAAAGGUAGAUAUAAAGAGCGAGCGAUGGAAGAGCAAGUCAAAGGAAAACCAUGGAGAGAAAGAACUGUGGCAGACGUAGUGACAGAUGGACAUACAGGUGUAAAGUAACGGAGGAAAAGGUCCAGAAGGUGGAUGGGUCAUGCUCUCUGUUGAGAGGUUACUGUAUCUACAUGUAGGUGGGUUAACUAACGUAGAAUGAUUGGGUCGUUUAGAUCAUUCAGUCAUGUGUAGAGUUCAGUAUGAAGUACGGAUGGGUUACAUUCAAUUAACCCAUUGGGGCCUUUGAUUCCAAAAUGAAGGAAUUGAUUCGGAAGCAUCUACCUAUGAAGAUUGUGAACCAACACCUAUCCCAAGCGUUGCAUGGGUCACGUUCAUUAAGCAUCAAAUGGAAAGAUCAAAGUGGGACUACAUUGGACAAAAAAACAUUUGUUUAGUUCUGUUGCAAAACAUUUUAAAACGUUUUCUGUUGCGUGCCCUAAUGAAUGCGAUUCUGAUUGGGAGUUUUACUCGUUAAGCCUAGUGAAGUGAUUUGUAUGAAGUAGGGAUUAGUAAACAUUCUGAUUUGUUUGGGGGUGUCGGCAUUGAUUCCAAAAUUACGGCUAAUUGAAAAAACAAUUCAAGUGAUUUUUCCCCAUUGCUAGGAGUUAUUGAUUGGGGGUUCGGUAGGAAUUUGUAUUGAUCGGACUCAAAAACCAUCAACAAAGCGAUUCUGACAAACUUGUGUUGGACUCAUUCCUAGUAUGAAGGUAGUGAACUAAAACAAGGAGAGUGCAUUUCACUGUCACGGCAUCCUUUAUCUAGCCUGGUUAAACCUGACUGAAUGCUAAGCCUACCUUUGUUUCACUGGGAAGCCACCGUGAAACGUAGCUAAAAUUGUUUGAAUACCAGGCUAUCCCUUAUCCGCCAACCUCAAAUCUAAGAUUAAUCCUAAAGACUGCAGAGGCCAUCAGAGAUAAUAUUUAUUGUCCAGUUUGUGGAGGAAUAUAGAGCUCAGGAAAGUUUGUCAGUCAGUAACUCAGUGCUUAUAUAAGCUGUUACGGCUUUACUGUGCGUGGAUAGUUUUACACCUAGAACGUGGAUCGUUUUACACCUAGAACGUGGAUCGUUUUGCACCUAGAACGUGGAUCGUUUUACACCUAGAACGUGGAUUGUUUUGCACCUAGAACGUGGAUAGUUUUGCACCUAGAACGUGGAUAGUUUUACACCUAGAACGUGGAUAGUUUUACACCUAGAACGUGGAUCGUUUUACACCGAGAACGUGGAUCGUUUUACACCUAGAACGUGGAUCGUUUUACACCUAGAACGUGGAUCGUUUUACACCUAGAACGUGGACCGUUUUGCACCUAGAACGUGGAUAGUUUUACACCUAGAACGUGGAUAGUUUUACACCUAGAACGCUAAUCUUUUUCUAUCAAAUAGACUGAAUUUAGUGGUAGUAAUAUUUACAAUGUAGAGCUCUACCCUGAUUCACAUAUAUAUAUUUUAUAUACUCCUGUAUUAUACCGACACAGUUCUACUGAAAUAAAACCUUUACUGUACCCAUAUUGACUCAACAUUUUACUGUAAAUGAUGUAUCGGUCAGUGGUUGAAUUAGAGAAACACUAACGUGCUUGUCUUUUAUUUCGGUUAAAUGACAAAGGAAACAUUUACUUUGCUAUUGUAUGUUUAGAGUUGCAAAUAAAAUCCUUUAAAACCA